UGGAAACUGAACACCUCAGAAGUACAGGCCCAUCUCUCGCUCCUCCCUCCUCCUCCACCUCCUCCCUCCACGUCCUCCCUGCCACAGAGGGCUGAUGGGAGCUCUGCAGGGCCAGAGGAGCCCACAGAUGAGGAGCUCAUGGAGGCCUCACAGGAGCCUCAUGCUCCUCUGGCCCUGCCCGCCGCUCCACCACUGGUCCAGGCUCCACCACCAUCACCACCACCACCUGCAGCCAUGGAGCAGGCGGCUCAUCUUCCUCCACCUGCUGGCGGUGCUGAGCUGCUCCCAGAGACCUGGAGAGCAGCUCUCACUGCAGAGCAGCAGCAGUGGAUCGGCCGGGUGCUGUUUUCCAGGGACAGCAGGGGGAGGCCACGUCUCAUCGGAGACCUGAACCUCUGGUGGUUCCCUCCCCAGACCCGGCCAGUCUACAGUCAGCCUCCCGCGUCCCCCGACCCCUUCUUCGCAUGUCGGCUGUUCCUGUGGAUGCCACACAGGAUCUGGCGCCGACAGCUGACAUGCCCCCAGCCUUCAUGCUCCGGGUCCAUGGUGAAGGCUGGGCUGUACAGGACCAUCCGGAGGGUCCUGGACAUCGAUGGCUGGUAUCUCAUGGCCACUGAGUACCUGGAGUGCCGUCGGUGUAAGAAGAAGGUCGGGGGCUGGUCACAGAGCAUCAUCAGGCAGCUGUCCCCCACCUACAGCUGCCAGUUCCCAGCUGUACUCACGUACAGGUUGUCCUGUGACCUGAGGGUGGUGUCACAGCUGAAGUCCCGCACGCUUGGUAACAGUGCCACUCAGCUGUACAACACCCUGCGGGAGACCCACACUGACUCCUGGAUGCGGAGACCCAUCCACUACCUCGGCGUGUGCGAGCAGUUCCUGGCCUUGGGCUCUGUCCGGGGGCAUUUUCCACCACAGCCCCAGAUGCCCCCUCUGCCGUCACCCGAAUGGCUGCUGACCGUCUAUGGGUACGACGUCCUGACGCGGCUGGAGGAGUACAAGGCCAGGAUCACGUCCACCUUCGGAUCCAUCCUUAAGAUGGAUUCCACAAGGAAGGUGACCAAGAAGCUCGCAGGUAUCUCCUCGGACACGGCCGCCUGGGUUACCAACGUGGCCAACGAGCACGGACAGGUCCUCAUCAGUGUCCUCACCUGCUCAGAGGGCUCUGAGGGCCUGUCCUGCAUGGCGGCAAGAUUGAUGAGGAGAUACCAGCACGCCGGGGUACCUCCCCCCCAGCUCGUCUACGUAGACCGGGACUGCUGCAACAGAGACGGCGUGUCCAAGACGGCUGCCUUAUUCCCGAAGUGGGGACAGCUGCUGGUGAGGCUGGACAUCUGGCACCUGAUGCGGCGCUUCGCAUCAGGUGUCACCACGGAGUCUCACCAGCUCUACCCCACUUUCAUGAGGCAGCUGUCUCACUGCAUCUUUGAGGUGGACCCCGAAGAUGCCCGCCGUCUCACUGAGGCCAAGCGGUCCGAGCUGGAGGGGAAGCACGGGAUGGUCGGCCUGACAAAUGCCAAGGUGAUCCGGACGAUCUCCAAGGAGGAGUUGAGGCUCCACUGUCGUCGCCGCACUCCUCAUACAGGACCUCCUGGACACCUUUGGAGGUCCGGCAGGACGCGACACCCUGGACAUCCCGCUGCUGGACGCUCUCCGCAUCCAGGACAUCUGGAAGACGCAGAGACGCCACCUCAGCUGCAUUCAGGACCCGCCGGGGGUGCAGCUGUACACCCAGACCGGCAGGCUGACAAAGGGCGGAGUCAGCCUGCCGGUUUAUCGCUGCGCCAGGGGCUCCACGUCCCUGGAGUCCUUCCACCUCCACCUCCACCGGUUCAUCCCAGGUAACUCCUGUCUCUCAGCCUGUACCAGCAGACCGGACGCGUGCUUGAGGAUGUCAGCCUGGACCCUGACGCUCCGGACGAGGCUGCUGCUAUUCAGGCGCUGGAGGAGGCGGACGAGGGCUUUGUGGACGACGGCGAGGACCCCACAGUCUUCCAGCUGGAGCCCCCGUCCACCAGCACAGCGGCAGCAGCCCGGUCAGGUGAUCCAGCUGACGUACCCAGGUCUGAUCCAUCUGGUCCGGCCGCCCCUGACCAGGCAGCCCGGUCUCACGGGGAUUCGUGAAGCUGUCACGUCAGUUUUUGUUUCGGUUUCGUGCGCACCAACACGAUGUCGUCA